AAAUCUUAGAAAAACUCGAUGUAUAUAAAAAUGGUAGUUUUCAAUCUCCGUUCUUCUUCAAUCUGUUAAAUAACAUAAAUCUCAUCGCCAACCUCUCAGAUCUCAAAUUCUAAAUCUAAUUAUCAAAAAGGAUGGACGCAAUUGAUUCAGUAUUGGAUCCAUUGCGAGACUUUUCCAAGGACAGCGUCCGCCUCGUCAAGCGUUGUCACAAGCCCGAUCGCAAAGAGUUCACGAAGGUGGCUUUCCGUACAGCGAUAGGAUUUGUAGUGAUGGGAUUCGUUGGUUUCUUUGUCAAAUUGAUAUUCAUUCCUAUUAACAAUAUCAUUGUUGGGUCUGUUUAGCUUAAGGUCAACUUGGAUUUGCUACAAUGGAAAAUGGUUGUUCAUUAGCUUGAUUACAAUAUCCAGAGAAAACCUAGUGUAGUGAAAAGGAACAUUGUUAGUAUUUACAAACUUUACAUUGCUUUGGUUGUUUAGAUGUGCUAGACUAUAAGGUUAACAGAUAUGAUAUGCAAAUUUCUGGUCA